GUUGUGCAAGGUUGUGUUCAUAUGUGUUUUUUUUCAAUGUGAACGCAUCUGAAGUGUUAUCUUACAUCCGUUUUUAUAAUCAAUAUAAACUUUGAAACACAACUGCUUCGUCUGUAUUUGAAUUGUUUAACGUUUAAAAAUAGUAGUGUUUUCAAUAUGGUUGUAAAAAUUGUUUUAUUAUCGUUAACUAUUUAUAGUAUAUAUAGUUUUGUGUCAUGUAAAGAUUGCUAUUGGAAUGCCCGUUGUCCUUAUCAAUUGUUUUCUUCUAAAACGCCUUAUGAAAGUGUUAGAGGUGACUUGAGAGAUGAAAACAUGCCUAAUUGCCAACCGAUAAGUUUGUGGUCACUCCACCGGCACGGCAACCGGAACCCAAGUUUGCAAGUGACCGAAGAAAUUAAGGAACUACAGAAGAAAAUUAUCUAUGAAAUAUUGAUCGCAUAUGAAAACAACAGAACUCAUCUCACAAAUUGUUUUCAGGAUAUCGAGGAUCUGCUACACUGGUCAUGGAAUUCAACAUUGGAUACAUUACCAAACUACCUCACAGGUAUUGGCUAUGAAGAGAUUUUUGAUUUAGGGAAAAGGGUAAGGGAGAAGUUCGAAACACUCCUAUCGGGCACUCCUGAUAAGUUCUACUUCAGACCAACAAACGAGCAGAGAACUACUACUAGUGCAAUUGCCUUCGUUCAUGGAUUGACAUUUGGAACCGGAGCUAACCUGACUACCAGUAUUGAUGAGCCUUGGGAACAAGAUAAUGUUAUACGCCCCUACGAGAGCUGUAAAAAGUAUCAAAAUGAGGUGAAGAAAGGUCAGAAGCUUGUUAAUCAACUCGCCCUUUAUGAUUCCAGUCCAGAAGUUUUGGCUGUUACUGAGAGAGUUCGGAAACACUUGGGCAUUAAGUAUCAAGUGACGGUUGCAGAUACGUACAAUUUAUAUGAGCUAUGUCGCUUCCACCGUUCUUGGUCUCCUAAUCUUCGAUCUCCUUGGUGUUCAUUCUUUACUAAUGAGGAUCUAGAAGUGAUGGAGUAUAGAGACGAUGUGCGACAUUACUACAGGAAUGGAUAUGGGUCAGAGGUCAACGCCAACUUGGGUACUUCUGCUUUAAAGGAUUUAUAUGAAAACUUUGAAAAUGCAACUUUGAAUAGAGGAAAAAAUAUUGUAUCAUAUUUCACACACGAUACCAUGUUUGAAAUGGUGAUUAGUGCUCUUGGAUUAUAUAAAGACACGGAACCGCUUCAUGGGUCUUACAGAAAUGCAAAUAGGUUGUGGAGAACAAGUGAAAUCGCCGCGUUUUCGACUAAUUUAAUAGCGGUUUUAUUCAAGUGCCAGGAACAAGGGGAUGACAUGUACCGUGUACAAUUCCUAAUAAAUGAAAAGCCUGCUCACCUCUGUCCAGAAGAAGGUUGUACGUGGAAGCAGUUCGUGGAUCGGUUCAAGAUCUUCACAAACGCUAAUUUUGAAUUCUGCUUGAAUAAAGAGUAUUUAUAUAAUCCGAUCACAAAUGGUGGCUUUAAUAUUUCGAUCGUGAGUCUCUUACUACUAUUACCGACUUUGCUUAUCAUAUAAAUUAUAAUUAUAAUCAUUCUAUUGUAUAGGUAUUUAUAGUAUCUAUAUGACUUCCAAAAAACUAUGUACGUCGUAAUUCCAAAAUAUAUCCUAUGACGUAAUUAAUGAUAAUUCUGUUAAGUCAAUUUACGUUUAUAAUAAGCUGUAUAUAAUAACGCAAAUUAACUAAAUUAUAUUAAAUGUAUACAAUAAUAAGAAAGAAAACAACGCAGAAAAACGCAAUGUUAACUAUAAAAAGGACCAAAUUGUUUCAUUUUCAAUAAAUUAAUUGUUAAUAAUAUUAAUAAAUCAAUACACAGGUGUUUAUAGUAUAAAUAUUAACUAUUUCGUUAAACUAACGUUACUUGCCGAGGAGUGAUUGAUAUUUUUCGGUAAAUCCACGUUUCGUGUUGUGGUCACCUAUUGAUAAGUGAUUUCGACGCGUUAAGGAUAACGGAAGCUACGGUAUUUCUCCCAGGUAAGUAACGUUAGCGAAACGUUUAGUGUCCUCGGUAAGUAACGUUAGCAAAACGGAUAUACUUAUUUACUUAUGCUUAUCACACGUAAUAUAAUGUUGUCGAUUCAUCACAGAAAUCAAUACUGGCAUUGGAAAAUUGUUCAAAUUUCUCUCUGAAGUCGUUCCAACCGCAAACUCGAUUGCCACAAAUGUGAACCUCCUUUUCAUUCACAAAGAACUGUAUCCUAUACUUGUAGGUUGACAUUUUUGUACAUCUGUAAAUCGUUAAUUUAUAAUUAAAUAAAGUAAUAAUUAUUGUUUUAUAAA